GCCCCGAUGGUUCGGUCCGCGCCGGGGGCGGGGCCAGGGCGCCCGCGGGAAAUUUGGCGGGAACCGCGCCCGCCCCUUCUUCCCUUCCUUCUUUCUUUGCUAUCGCCGCGCACUCUGCCGCCAUGGAGCAGCGCCGCGUCACCGACUUCUUCGCGCGCCGCCGCCCCAGGCCCCGCAUCGCGCCGCCCAAGCUGGCCUGCUGCACCCCCAGCCCCGCCAGGCCCGCACUCCGCUCCCCGGACUCCGCCACCAGCGGCAGCCGCAAGCGCGCCCGCCCGCCCGCCGCACCCGGACGCGACCAGGCCGGGCCACCGGCCCGCAGGAGGCUGCGGCUGUCGGCGGACGAGGUUUCCAGCCCCAGUACCCCCGAGGCUCCUGACUCCCCCGACGCCCCAGACAUCCCAGCCUGCCCUUCUCUGGGCCAGAAGAUAAAGAAAUCCACCCCCGCAGCAGGUCAGCCGCCCCACCUGACAUCCCCGCAGGACCAGGACACCAUCUCUGAGCUUGCGUCAUGCCUGCAACGGGCCCGGGAGCUGGGGGCAAGAGUCCGGGCGCUGAAGGCCAGUGCCCAGGAUGCUGCUGAAUCCUGCACCCCAGAGGCCGAGGGCCACCCUGAGGAGCCAUGUGGCGAGAAGGCGCCCGCCUACCAGCGCUUCCAUGCCCUGGCCCAGCCUGGCCUGCCGGGGCUCGUGCUUCCCUACAAGUACCAGGUGCUGGCAGAGAUGUUCCGCAGCAUGGACACCAUCGUGGGCAUGCUCCACAACCGCUGCGAGACGCCCACCUUUUCCAAGGUCCAGCGGGGCGUCCAGGACAUGAUGCGCAGGCGUUUUGAGGAGCGCAAUGUUGGCCAGAUCAAAACCGUGUACCCGGCCUCCUACCGCUUCCGCCAGGAGCGCAGCGUCCCCACCUUCAAGGACGGUGUCAAGAGGUCAGAUUACCAGCUCACCAUCGAGCCACUGCUGGAGCAGGAGGCUGACGGAGCAGCCCCGCAGCUCACGGCCUCGCACCUCCUGCAGCGACGGCAGAUCUUCAGCCAGAAGCUGGUGGAGCAUGUUAAGGAGCACCACAAGGCCUUCCUGGCCUCCCUGAGCCCCCCCAUGGUGGUGCCGGAGGACCAGCUGACCCGCUGGCACCCGCGCUUCAACGUGGAUGAAGUGCCGGACAUCGAGCCGGCUGCGCUGCCCCAGCCACCUGCCACGGAGAAACUCACCACUGCCCAGGAGGUGCUGGCCCGGGCCCGCAACCUGAUUUCACCCAGGAUGGAGAAGGCCUUGAGUCAGUUGGCCCUACGCUCUGCUGUGCCCAGCAGCCCCGGGUCUCCCAGGCCAGCACUGCCGGCUACCCCACCAGCCACCCCGCCUGCAGCCUCUCCCAGCGCUCUGAAGGGCGUGUCCCAGGAUCUGCUGGAGCGGAUCCGAGCCAAAGAGGCACAGAAGCAGCUGGCACAGAUGACGCGGUGCCCGGAGCAGGAGCAGCGGCUGCAGCGCUUAGAACGGCUGCCUGAGCUGGCCCGCGUGCUGCGCAGCGUCUUCGUGUCCGAACGCAAGCCUGCACUCAGCAUGGAGGUGGCCUGUGCCAGGAUGGUGGGCAGCUGUCGCACUGUCAUGAGCGCCGGGGAGAUGGAGAAGCACCUGCUGCUCCUCUCUGAGCUGCUGCCGGACUGGCUCAGCCUCCACCGCAUCCGCACCGACACCUACGUCAAGCUGGACAAGGCUGCGGACCUGGCCCACGUCACUGCACGCCUGGCCCACCAGGCACGAGCUGAGGAGGGGCUGUGAGCCUGGGGGCCACUGUGGACAGACGUGGGCUUCAGGAGCCUUCGAGAGGGCCAGAGCCAGCCAGCUUUGAAGAUGCGGCCCUGGCCCGGAUACAGGCAGCCUGGAGAAGCAGGGCAGCACAAGGAGGACAUCCCUGGAGCCUCCGGAAGAGACUGGCCUCUGCCCUCACCUUGACUUCAUCACUUCUGACUUUCAGUACUUCUGACCUCCUGAACUCUAAUAAAGUCAUGCUUACAGCCACUA